GCCAAUCAGAGAGCUCAGUGGGACGCUCCUAUCGCCUGGUUUGGCCUUUAUAAAGUGUACCUCGGCUAACAGAGGGAUUGUUUUUUUUGGUUCUUCUCGUUCUAAAGAAAGGAGUUUACAGAAGCCAGCAGGAUGCUGCCUGUAGCGGUGCUCACGCUGUGCCUCAGCAGCGCCGUCCUGUCCGCCCCCAGCCUGGACCCCCAGCUGGACCAGCACUGGAACCUGUGGAAGAGCUGGCACAGUAAAAACUACCAUCAGAGAGAGGAGGGCUGGAAGCGAAUGGUUUGGGAGAAGAACCUGAAGAAGAUUGAGCUCCACAACCUGGAGCACUCCAUGGGCAAACACUCCUACACCCUGGGCAUGAACCAGUUUGGAGAUAUGACAAAUGAAGAGUUUGUCCAGAUAAUGAAUGGCUACAAGCCCCAAACUGAGGGAAAGCUUAAGAAGUCACUGUUCAUGAAGCCCAACUUCCUGGAGGUCCCUAGUGCUGUGGACUGGAGGGAGAGGGGCUACGUCACUCCUGUCAAAAACCAGGGUCUCUGUGGCUCCUGCUGGGCUUUCAGUGCUACUGGGGCUCUGGAGGGCCAACAGUUCAGGAAGACGGGUACGCUGGUGUCGCUGAGCGAGCAGAACCUGGUGGACUGUUCUGGACCUCAGGGCAAUAUGGGCUGUAACGGGGGUUGGAUGGACUGGGCCUUCCAGUAUGUUAUGUCCAACCAGGGUCUGGACUCUGAGGCAUCCUACCCAUAUGUGGGAAGAGAGCAGAUCUGUCAGUACAACCCAGAUUACAACUGUGCCAACGUCUCAGGGAUUGUUGACAUUUCCCGGGGCAGCGAACGAGCGCUGAUGGACGCCGUGGCAGCUGUGGGGCCCGUUUCUGUUGCCAUCGAUGCCGGUCAUGUUUCUUUUCAAUUUUACCAGUCAGGUAUCUACUAUGAACCGUUUUGCAGUAGCUCCCGACUUAACCACGGUGUCCUGGCUGUUGGUUAUGGUUUCCAAAAAUCCCUUUUUUCUGUUGAUAACUACUGGAUCGUCAAGAACAGCUGGGGCACAAGCUGGGGCAACAACGGCUACGUCUACAUGGCUAAAGACAAAGACAACAACUGCGGCAUUGCAACCGUUGCCAGUUAUCCUCUGGUCUGAAUGAGCUUUUACUCCAGCUGCUUGGGAGGGAAGAUAAAAAGCAACUUUAUUCUGAGUUGUGCAUUAACAGGAGCUUUUAUGUAACCGUAUUUGACUAUAUUCUCUAUAAGCAUAGUUACACAGCUAAAUAUUCUGCUAAUAUCUUCUUACAUAAUCACAAUUUGGGUGUUGGUGGCUCAGUAAUCCUAGUUUAUCAGUUAACAGGUUAACCACUAUCAUUAGGUUAAAUGUCCCUUUGCAUCAUUAGGCUUCUGGCUUCAAUCAUGUUGGAUCGUUGACCACUCUUUUAUGAAGAAGAGUAGGUCAUCAUUUAAAUUUUCUGGUUCCUCUAGCGCUGAAGCCACCCCGUAGCAUGAAGUUACCACCACCGUGCUUUAAAAUCAGAGUCCUUUGGUGAAAAAUUCCACCCUGACUCCUUCAAACAAAUGGCUUGUCCAUUUUGCCACACUUUUCAAUCUUAUAAUCUUACUUUAAAACCUCAAAGGUUUGUCCAAGUGGGCGGCUGAGUAAAAAAAGGUCUCAGCUUUAGACAUUUUUCUUGGAUGGCAUUUUCACAGUUCAUGUUGAUGUGAGACAGUGGGCACUUUCUGAGGAUUUUGUUUUGCAAUGAAUAAGUCAUUAAACUUGUAGGGUGGUGUUUAAAAAAAGCCCGGAACUCACCUGUGUUGAAAAUGUACGGACUUAGCUUAAAAGCUGGUCCAUGCCAGGAAAAAACAACGUUGUGUGGGUUCGAAAAAAAACACAAAACGUUCAAACUUUCCGCUCUAUUCUUGAUUUCAAAGUCACUUGAUUUAGUUUGUUGAAUAAUUAUUCCAUGUUCAACAGAAAUGUAAUAUAAGUCAUUGAAAGCCCCAAAUUAAUAUGACAUGACAACCCGUUUCAGUGGAAGGUUUCAUUGAAGAGCGCUAAGCAGGGAGAGGAUGAGUGACUAUGAAGGCUUCCUGACUGCAUUCUGAGAUCUGUGGUUUUAUUACUUUGUCAUUUUUCUGCUAAAACAUGUCAAAUGGCAUCUUAAAGCGUAACUCACCCCCAAAUCAACUUUUUUUUGCCAAUAAACUGUUAACAUGGUUGUCUUAUAAUAUUGUCUACAUAGCUAGGUCAUUAUUUUUUAAAAGAAUUAGUGCACAUUAGUUGAAAUCUUGCUUUUGUGACUAAAAUCGUCAGUGUGGCCGAUUUUAGACACAAGCUUUCCUCAACCUAUGGGGACGAGGGGGGGGUGAAAAAUCCUCCAGAUGACUGAACCUUAGCGUAACUACCCUCUCUGCUCACUCUCCAUGAUUCAGUAUGGCAAAUCAAGCUCUUUGGUCCCCAUGCUGAACACAGCCCCCUCCCAUUCCCACCCACUUUGAUGACAUUUAAAAAAUUUCUCUGGAGGUGGAAAUAUGCUUUUACAUAAGGGUGAGUUAUACUUUAAAGCAACAACAUGUAACUUUUGACCACUAGGGGGCCUAGACCUGAGGGUUCCAGGUUCAACGCCCCAGUAGGCCACUAGCAUGUGCUAGCUCUCUUGGUUAAUGGCGCUCUAGGUCACAUGACUUCCUGAGUGACGGAUCCACGCCGCUUAAGUUACACAGCCAGCUUUUUGAGAAGGACAGUCCGCACAGACCAUCAAUACAUGCAGAGUGCUGUAUACUGACAUGGAAAAUCAAAUAAAAUAUCUCAAAUUAGGCUAUUAUGUGGGUCAAAAUUUACGUAUUGGGGCUUUAAGCUAAAUAUAUCUUGCAAGUCUUUGCAGUACGUUUUAUUCUACUUUUACUGUAUUGUUAUCUGUUAUAUUUCAUUAUAAUAAUUUUUCUGGGUUUGAUCUGUUUCAGUGGUGUACAUCAUAAAUAAAAGAGAUUUAUUUAGUUCCCUCAGAACUUGUGACAUGACUUGUGUCAUAUUUGACUAUUUUUGGAGGAUAUUUGUGAUCAGAGAGAGAUUGAAGGUCACUCUAUAUACUUUAAAGUCAUCCGUUACAGAUGUUAACCAAUCCCCGUUUAAAUUGUAGAAAGUCACAGCUGACAGAGUAAAGAUGCCCUUGAGCCGCAUGUUGACUUAGUCAGAAAUAAUGAAACAUUUAAGUGAAUACUUGCUUGUCACAGCUAAAAUGUAGUACAGACAGACAGAGAGACAGACAGACAGACAGACAGACAGACAGACAGACAGACAGACAGACAGACAGACUGACUGACUGACUGACUGACUGAGAUGCAACUCACCAUAUUUCAUUUGUUCUAAGGUAAAACUCUAAGUGAACUGAUUUUGCACCUUGUCCAACAUAAUUGCAUAUUCAUCAAUACUGACAAUGAUUUCCUUUUCAGGCUGAUCAACAAUGUCAUAUUAGUGUAAUGAUGUAAAGUUUUUGUAAAGUUUUUCAAACUAAACAAGCACAUCAAGAAUACUAUCUGAAAUAAAACGAUUAACAUUUGAACUUUGCAGAAAAACCUAAAUAUUAGAGCUAAAAUCCCUUACAUCAGCAGCAUUCGUCUUUUUUUUUUUUACCGGAAACAGAACCUCUUUCACAGGAAAGUAUGACCUAUUAUUCUCUACUGGUAACAUGUCUCAAAAUUUGAUGGACAUUAUGAACAACUUGAAUGGUUCUAGAAAUAAAAAAAGUAUCCUAGCUACAAAAGGAAACUAUAAGUAGCACACAUCUGAGUGCAUUUAAUAUAUAAAGGUGUGUGUGCAUGUUAUAUAAAGGUGUACAUUGUACAUAUCAGGCUACAUUUAGCUGACCUGAGCACAGACCAUCCAACGCUCCCACUGUGGGUGACCGUGGCUCAGUGGCCAGAGUCGUCAUCUCCAAAGCGUCCCACUGAUCUGCAUAUCGCUGCAUGAAUGUGAGCACGAUGCAGUGAAUCAUGGUCAGUAUGUCUAGAAAAGCUUUAUAUAAAUUCAGUCCAUUUACCAUUUACAUGGAUGGACGGACAGACAGAUAGAUGCUAAGUUUGGCACUAAGUGUUUAACUAAAGAAGUUGUUAAAAGGAAACAUUUUCUGCCUUAAGGGCUUACUACCUAUGCAGCCUCUGCAGUAAACACUCCCAUCUUUCAGCGCCUGUUUCAGAGGGAGAGAGUUAGUUUCCUUCAUGACGUCCACGUUAUCUCCUAGAAUCCGCUGUAAAGGAGUGGAUAAAUCGGGUUGCUCCAUACUUUCACCUUGCAGAGAAUCAGGAGUUCAGAGACUUUAUGCACGCUAACAGGAAAGGAGAGUGCCGGAUAGAUCAGAGAACGUCUUGUAGAUAUUGCUAUUAUUGGUUUCUUUGAAGGUUUUAUAAAGUGUAUUUAAAUAUUUUUUCAGCUUUGUCCGCACAGAAAAAUGGCACUUUGUCUUUCGUUUUGUGAUCACAUAUUUUUAUUUUUGUGUAGCAGUUUGGGUGCAUAAGCCAUGGGUGCAUAUAGAAACUUUACUGUUCAGUCUUUUGUCAUCAAAGAAUCCCAAUAUUAGUUUCUCUUAAUACAGGUUACUUUAUUCAAACAAACAAAAAAAAGAGCCAUUGAGAUUCAAUAUCUGAUUUACAAGGGAAGGUCCUGGAAAAAAGCUCAAUCAGUACUGACACUUGUUUCUUAAAAAAAAAAA